UAAAACCGUGCCAGGGCUAUGGACUAACCAUAGACUCUUAUUUUGAAAACCAAAUAGCCACCCGGAAUCACAUGACCUGUCUGCUCUGUACUGUGAAACCAAACAGGACUACUCUGCGUUCAUGUCCACUUUAGCUAAAGCAAUGUCCACGUUCCGCCUGGCUGUGGUCCAGCUGCAGGUGACGAGCGUCAAGGCGGACAACCUGAGCAGAGCCCGGAGGCUGGUGAAGGAGGCUGCAGGACAAGGCAGCAAAGUGGUGCUGCUGCCGGAAUGCUUCAAUUCUCCAUAUGGAACCAACUUCUUCUCUCCGUAUGCUGAAAGGAUCCCAGGAGAGUCCACUCAGGUGCUGUCAGAGGCAGCGAAGGAGAAUAAGGUGUAUCUAGUGGGAGGAUCCAUCCCUGAAGAGGACGGUGGGAAGUUGUAUAACAGCUGUACAGUGUUUGGGCCUGAUGGAGAGCUGAUUCUUAAACACAGGAAGAUUCACCUCUUUGACAUCGACGUUCCAGGGAAAAUCCGCUUCCAGGAGUCUGAGACGCUGAGCCCAGGCAACAGUUUGUCCAUGUUUGAAACACCGUUCUGUAAAGUGGGAGUGGGGAUUUGCUAUGACAUGAGGUUUGCAGAGCUCGCACAGCUCUAUAGCAGGAAAGGCUGUCAGCUGCUGGUCUAUCCUGGAGCCUUCAACAUGACGACUGGUCCAGCCCACUGGGAGCUCCUUCAGAGGGGAAGGGCGCUUGAUAACCAAGUGUAUGUGGCCACGGCGUCUCCUGCCAGAGAUGAAACUGCUUCAUAUGUCGCCUGGGGGCACAGCACCGUUGUUAACCCAUGGGGAGAAGUUAUCUCCAAGGCUGGACCAGAGGAGGCCAUUAUUUACGCUGAUAUCGACCUGCAGUAUUUAGCCGACAUCCGGCAGCAGAUCCCGAUCUCAGCUCAGCGUCGUGACGACAUCUACACAGUGACGUCUGCGCAGGGAGGAUCGAGCUGAGCGCUGCGACCCUGAGAAAGAAGGUGCGACACAAACUAUGCGACAGAUCUGAUCUGAGCCGCAACAGAGCACAAGACUUAAUUGUGGAAACAAGCGAUGCAGUUUGGAAGAUCACUGAUUCACUGAUGUCAACAUGUUUUGAGCACCACGACGCUGCUCACUUCUUGAGGAUGGAACUGUGAUUUGUUUUGUGUAAUGUCCGCUGCUGAAAUGACUAGUUGAUCAAUGGAAAAUCAAUGACAAUUCUGGUAAGCAGUUAAUUGUUUAAAUAAAAAUAAACAUUUGCUGGUUA